AGAAAAAUUUAGCCUUAAACUACAAGUACACUUCUAAAAUUGCAAAUUAUAUAAUACUAGGUCAGGGUUGAAUUCGUGCGGCCGCCUUCGUGCGAUUUAUUCCAACAAUUUCUCAGAAUCUCAAAGAAAGAAAUCGUAAAUGAAUGCCGGCGACUGAAGAGGUGAAAAGACGAUCAACCGCGAAAGUAUGCGAUGACGACAGUUGUAAAUGAGAUCUCGCAAAAACGGUCUAUAAAUAGCAUCGAGAAAUACAAAAAAAAAAUUGAGGAAAGCUUGAAAAGAAUCAAAGUCGGACGUAAGAAGAAGUUUUAAAACGUUUCGCGCAUGCGUUUUGCUCGCGCGCGCAGCAUAUCCUACUGACCAUUAUUUAUUUUUACGAAUUUCCUGCACACAACAGUCCGAUUAACAACGAGAAAGUGUGUGUAAGUGUGUUUGCGUCCGGUGAACCGUUCAGGAACGCUAUUUUGUGAAUGAAUCUUAUUGGAUUACCGGAUUACAAUGAUCUUGUAACAAGGUCUGACGAUCAACCAAUCGAUAGGGAAUGGAGUGUUUCAGCGUCCUUUGGGCACGUCGCCCUUCUUCGGAGCCGGUCAACGUGUGGUUUACCAGUAGAUCUUGCAGCUCUCAGUGCAUAAUCGACGAUCUAACGUGCAUCGAACAAAAAAUGGAACCUAAUCAGCUCCAAAAGAAAUCAUCUUCUGGUUCUAUACCAAAGGAUGAAGACUUGCGCGAAAUCGUCCAGCAAAAAGCCGAAAAACACCGCGAAUAUUACAGAGCGUUAAUCGGCGACGUGGUCGACGCUUCGGAUUGUGAUUUACAGAUGGCGCCGCCUGAUCACCAACAAAAUCAAAUAAUUACCGCGGAAAUAGUGGAUGAGAUUGAUGUUUUACCUGAAACGAGAUUUAAUAGCGUUAAGAAAAUGAAACAGAAGUAUUUAGAGAUGCUGGGGAAACAAGGUCAAGAUAAUAAUGAUUGGUUGGCACCGCCUCCGAGCGGUUAUUGUAGUUCUUCAGCUUCCGGGGGAAGUGAUGAUGAAAGGGAAAAGGGAUGGUACUCAAAAAGAGUUGAAAGAAGUGCUUCUUCAGAUUCGGCGUUAGGAUUGACUCAAAGUGAUGAUGAAAUAACAUUAAAUUCAUUAAAAAAAUUCGAACCCACCAUAAAAUCUAGUGAAGAAGAAAUCCAGAUGCCUUAUUCCUAUGAAAAUCCUUAUAGCCCCCGAUCUUCCAUAGACCAUUACAACGUCCCCACUAAAACCCUGCUCGAAGCGCAAUGUUUUUCUUGCCCGAUUGAUUUCGCAACUAAUCAGAGAAAAUUCAGCGACGUUAGCGACGGUUUCGACGAUUCAUCGCGGCGCGAAAGCACGUUUACCGAUGAUGGUGAAGAAUCCCAUCGAUAUCGAUACUGGAGAACACCAUCCGUGGUUGUCAGCGAUUAUUCCGAUGAAGUUAUGGCACUAACACUCGAAGACAUCGAACACAUCCGAAAUCAAAAGGAACGAUCAUCAUCCCCAGAUUCAAGUCUCCACAGUUCUUGUAGCAAUUUAAACUACGUCGGAUCUACGAUAAGCACCUUAGAUGCCGAAUACAUUCAAAGACAAGUGUCGUUUCGGAAAUCUUCCGACUGUUCGACGUGUUCGACGUUGAGCGGCGAUGAAGAUUUAUUGGAAACCACGUAUAAACCAAAGUCUUCAGGCUGGAGAAAAUUAAGAAACAUCGUUCAAUGGACGCCCUUUAUACAAACUUACAAGAAACAAAGGUAUCCUUGGGUACAACUUGCUGGUCAUCAAGGAAAUUUUAAAGCUGGCCCAGAUCAAGGAACGAUAUUAAAAAAGUUAUGCACGAAAGAAGAAAAAUGUUUCAAUGUUUUAAUGAAAGAUGUGUUACGACCCUACGUCCCAGAAUUUCGUGGCUUAGUAGCCAGCGAUGACGGAGAAUGUUCCUACAUUCAACUACAAGAUUUAUUAAGCGAUUUCGUCUCACCAUGCGUUAUGGACUGCAAGAUAGGCGUACGAACUUAUUUGGAGGAGGAAUUAGCGAAAGCUAAGGAAAAACCGAAAUUAAGAAAAGAUAUGUAUGAAAAAAUGUGCCAAAUCGAUAAAAACGCCCCAACUGAAGAAGAACAUCGACUUAAAGGUGUUACGAAACCUAGAUAUAUGGUUUGGAGGGAAACAAUUUCCUCUACGGCAACGUUAGGAUUUAGAAUAGAAGGUUUAAGGAGAGCCGAUGGGGCAUCUAGUAAAGAUUUUAAAACGACAAAAACUAAGGAACAAAUUAUUAAAGCUUUUAGGAAUUUUACUGAUGGCUUUCCCCAUGCAAUUCCUAAAUACAUUCAAAGAUUAAAAGCGAUUAAAGCAACUUUGGAAUCAUCACCUUUUUUCGCAGAACACGAGGUUAUCGGAAGUUCAUUACUAUUUGUACAUGAUCGUACAAAUGCAAAUAUUUGGUUAAUAGAUUUCGCCAAAACCGUAACAUUACCAGAAAACAUAGAAAUCACGCACAAUUCUAAAUGGGUUGUUGGAAAUCACGAGGAUGGUUAUUUAGUGGGUGUGAACAAUUUGAUAUCAAUUUUUAUGACGAUGUUGGAACAACAACCAGUUCCUGUAACUCCACCUCCAUUGGAAUCUGAUUUAAAUUUAUUGGAUUCCGAAUCGAAUCUUUUAGAACCAAAUGCGAAUAUUUUAGAAUCAAAUUCGAAUAUUCUUGAACCCGAUUUAGAGGUGACAUAAAAUGUUGUUUCAUUUUAUUCUCGGGUGGAAAUCUUAAGACUUUUGUACUCGUAUUUGUGACUGAUUAAUUUAAAAGAGAUUUUUUUGGAAAGAAAUGUGCCUUAAUAAUAAUAAAUAAAAAGAUUUAAAAAGAAAU